CUGAUGACGGUUCCUGGCCCAACAAGAAUCCUAAAACAGUGUCAUUCAUCAUUAGUCAACAUAGACCGGCCCACCGAAAACGGAACCACCAUUCAUUUUUUUCGUAAAUAUUUUCACUUUGUCUCUAUCUCGCGGUUCUAACCAUCCCGGAAACGAAGCUCAAGUUCGAAGUGCCAAGUGUGGUGAUUAUUUUCGUAGGAAACAUUCUCCAAUCAGCUUCUCAAAAUUGAGCUCUUCACGGGAAAACAGCGAUCCUUCGCCGCCAACAACCCGACGGAUUCCAUUUUCUUUUCCGAGUUGGAACGCUACGGCAACAAAAUUAACUACUCAAAGUUCCACAAUGCGAUGUCGCUUUCGGCGAUGUCGAAGCCGAUCCUGUACUCGUACUGGAGAAGCUCCUGCUCGUGGCGCGUUAGAAUAGCGCUUAAUCUGAAGGAGAUCCCGUACGACAUCAAACCAAUCAGUUUGAUCAAAUCCGGUGGGGAGCAGCACUGCAAUGAAUAUCGGGAGGUGAACCCGAUGGAACAGGUUCCGGCGCUGCAGAUUGAUGGCCACACACUGAUAGAAUCGAUGGCAAUCAUGCACUACCUGGAGGAGACCCGUCCGCAGCGUCCGCUCUUACCCCAGGAUGUCCUAAAACGUGCCAAAGUGCGGGAAAUUUGCGAGGUUAUAACGGCCGGCAUUCAACCACUGCAGAAUUUGAUCGUCCUGAUUCACGUUGGCGAAGAGAAGAAAAAGGAAUGGGCCCAGCACUGGAUUACGCGUGGCUUCCGGGCCAUCGAAAAACUGUUGUCUACCUCGGCUGGGAAAUUCUGCGUCGGCGAUGAGAUCACGUUGGCCGAUUGCUGUCUGGUGCCUCAGGUGUUCAACGCCCGUCGUUUCCACGUGGAUUUGCGUCCUUAUCCGAUAAUCCUGCGCAUCGAUCGAGAGCUCGAGGGUCAUCCGGCAUUCCGCGCCGCUCAUCCUUCGAAUCAACCCGACUGCCCACCGGAAGCGGCCAAGUAAAUUCGGCCAACCCUCGUAAGAGGGAGCCCAAUACUUAUGCACAACGUCAAAACAUGCAAGCACAAUACACACCCUCACAAUUGUUUUUGUCUGGUCGAGUCAUUUUGUAAGAAGAAAGAUUUUACAGAAAGCUACAUUUUUUAUAUGAUAGAAGAAAAAAACUUUAAACAGUUAUGUAUACUGCAGAUUAUUUACAACAAACCAUUAGAGAAACAUUCACUUAUAUCUAACAUUUUUACUGAAUCUCAUCAGGAAACGAUAUACACAUUGAAAGCACACAAAAAAUGACUGAGAGCUGGACAGACAAAACCGAGAAUAUAAAAACAUGAGGUGCUUUUUAAAGAAUUGUCAACGAUUUAAAUGAAAAGUUGAACGACAACUUUAAAUACAAUCUACCACAUGCAUGAUGUCCGUGCUUAAACGCAGAUGAUUUAUUCGCAGAGAAAUCAUCUAUAAAAUAUACGAUUUUAAACAAAACUCAUAAAUUAAAAAUCAUAUUUGUGUCCCUAAAUGUGUACUAUCCCUUUUUGUGGAAACCCUAUAUGCUAUUCCUGUUCGUGUUUUCUGAGCUUUUUUCAUUUGUUUUCAAUUUUAAAAAUAAUAUAAAGUAUUUGCAAAUGUCCAUUUAUAUAUUUAAAAAAAAUGCUUGAUUGUCAAUUCUUACCAUUUCUUUUCAUGCGGUGUAAGUGUACCUACUAAAUGAGAACAUAAUGUUUUAUAACUGAUUAUUCUGGCAGAAAAUAAAUACGAAUGCAAAUAUUCA